GCGUUUUCCCUCUUCAUCCCGUUCUCCUUCAUCAUGUCGCAAUGGGGCCAGGGUCAGCCCGGAUACCAGUAUCCUAUGCAAACUGGCUACAAUCCGGGCAUGAAUCCCCAGUUCCAAGCGAAUCAACCCCCACAAUUCCAGCAGAAUCCGCAGUUCCAGCAGCCUCAGCAGACGGGCUAUACUGGCGGCAUCCUGCCCCAGCAGACGGGCUUCCCGCAGCAGCAACAGCGUCUCGCGCCUCAGCCAACAGGGUACCAAGGCGGGCUGCAAGCCCAGCCGACGGGAUACCAGGGCGCGCUUCAGGCGCAACCUACGGGCUAUCAGGGCAGCGCGCUCGGGCACCGUCCAGCGCCGCCGCCUCCGCCCGUUCCUCCCAUUCCAUCGCAGUUCCAGAAUCAGACUAGCCAGCUGGGCGUCGGGCAGCCGAACCGCUUCCUCAACACGACACCACUUGCUGCACAGCCGACGGGCUUCCCUGGGCUCAGCGCGCAACCGACUGGCUUUCAAGGGCUGUCCGCGCAGCCUACGGGCUUCCAGGCGGCGCGCCCGCUCGUCCCGCAGGCGACGGGCUUCGUCGACCCGCGCCUGCAGAUGAUGUCGAGCACGUUCAUGCCGCUCAACCCGUCUGUGCCGUACAGCGCGGGCGGCGCGCCCCAGCUACCUUCCCAGUCGAUCGACGGCUCGAACUUGCAGCAGUCCUUCCAGCAGUACAACCAGGAGCAGCGAGGGACGGCGGCGCCGAAGGUGCCCUGGGCGCUCAGCAAGGCGGAGAAAAAGCAGUACGACCAGAUCUUCCGCGCUUGGGAUACGGGAAAUACGGGCUUCAUCAACGGCCAGACCGCGCUCGAGGUCUUUGGGCAGAGCGGUCUGUCAAAGGAGGAGCUGGGGAGGAUAUGGGCUCUCGCCGAUGUUGACGAUCGGGGCAAGCUGAAUAUCGCUGAAUUCCACGUCGCGAUGGGGUUGAUCUACCGAAGGCUCAACGGCAACCCUAUCCCUGAUACGCUUCCUCCCGAACUCGUUCCGCCGUCGGCGAAGGACCUCGACACGUCCGUCAACUUCCUCAAGGAUGUCCUCAAGAACGAGACACGCUCGACCUCUGCGCUCGAUGGACCCGACUCGCGCCUCAAGCAGCGCUCCCUUCAUAGCAAUACUUCUGCCUUUGCAGACAGGGACGCGACUGUCUACCGCCACACCGAGUCCGAGUCCCCUGCCGGCGGCUUUUACCAGCCCCGCAACCGGCACGUCGACCGCGACGCCAUCCGCUCCAGCUCCCAGCGCGACAGCCCCUCCGCCGACCUCGACGACAUGAAGCGCACGCUUAACCGCACGCAGCAAAUGCUCGACCGCAGCUCGGAGAAGAACCAGGAGGACAUGCUGCUCGACGAGGAGAUGGAGGACCUCAAGCACAAGGUCAAGCGCCUGAACGAGGACCUCGAGUACGCGAGCCGCGGCGUGCGCACGCAGAAGAAGGACGAGGAGCGCCGAAGGCUCGAGCGCGAGCUGAUGGUGCUCAUGCACGAGGAGAUCCCGGAGCUGGAGCGCAGGAUCAAGGACCGCGACGAGCGGAAGGAGCGGGAGAAGCGCGAGUGGAUCCGCAACCGAGAUCGCGCCAACCAGGGGUCGGGCAGGUAUCGGGACCGUGACGACAGUUAUGGGCGCGACUACGAGUCCCGGCCGUACUCCCGAGGCGCCAACCGUGACUAUGAGUCGCGCCCCUACUCCCGUGGUGGAGACCGCGACUACGAGCCCCGUCCAUACUCGCGCGGUGGGGGUGACUACGAGUCUCGUCCGUACUCCCGUGGACCUGACUACGACCGCGAACGCCCAUACUCUCGCGGCGGCUACCGUCGAUCACCGUCACCUCCCCGCGAGACCGAUCGUGCUGCCCCGCCGCCUCCCGCCGCUGAGCCAGCAGGUCUCAAGGCCCCGCCCGCUGCGCCGAAGCCGCCUACAUCUCCUGCGCCGGCGCUGAAGAACAUGACGCCUGAGGAGCGCCGCGCACACGCUCAAGCAGAGGCUCAGAAGCGCAUCCAGGCGAGAAUGGCCGCGCUCGGUGUCACCGCACCGUCGACCUCCGCCUCCCCAGCACUCGACACCUCUGUUGAAGACCGUCUGCAGAAGGAGAAGCAGGAGGCGGAGGAGAAAGCGAAGGCGGCUGAGGCUGAAGCUGCAGAGCGUGAGCGCAUUCGCCGGGAGAGGCUAGAGAACGAGAAGGCCUUGAGAGACGGCAGGGACACCCCAGCAAGCGCGACUGUGACCUCGCCUACAUCAGCUGCUCCCGCGCCGCCGACGCCUACCACGCCUUCUGGCGGUAAGGCACCUCCCCCGCCUGCACCCAGGCGAGGACCUGCACCGCCUCCGCCAGCAAAGAGGGGUGCGCCCAAACCACCAGCGGCUCCGGCGGCUCGCGCUCCGCCACCGCCAGCCGCGCCUCCCGCACCUGCCGCUCCAGAGGUUGACCCUGAAGAGGAGGCUCUGCGCCAGAAGGAAGAGGCGGCCCGCAAGAAGCGCGAGGAGCGUGAGAAGCGCUUGCGCGAGCUGGAGGAGCAGGAGAGGUUGGAGGAGCAGCGGUACGAGGAGAGGAUGCGCAAGCUCAAGGAGGAGGCCGAGGCGAAGAGGAAAGUCGAGGAGGCAAAAGCGGCGGCAGCGCCCGCUGUGACGAGCCCGCCACCCGCUCCGCCGGCGCCUCCUGCACCUGCACCGCCGACGCCAGCGUCGCCUCCAGCAGCUGAGAAGUCGACAAACCCCUUCAGUCGGCUCAUGCAGGGUGGUGGCGCACCGCCCGCAGCGCCUCCCGUCGCCAACGGCGCAGCGAGCACGAACCCUUGGAGUCGCCCAGCUGCUGCGUCGCCGGCUGCACCCGCCGCACCCACGCCGCCCGCCUUCACGCCGGCACCGCCGCGCAGCCCCGCGCCGACCUCGAGUCCCGCUCCGCCAGCAGUCAAGACAACAUACAUGACCGUGCCCGCGGACGACGAUAGCGACUGGGACGAGGUCAAGGAGAAGACGGAUGACGAGGACAGCAGCGACGACGACUUCGCGGACCGGAACGUGCGCAAGAACAUCGCGCAGUCGCUCUUUGGCAAUGUGCUGCCACGGUCGCCGAGUGUGCCGCCGAGCGGGGGGUCGACGCCGGUCACUGCUCACCCUCCAACAUCGAUUGCUUCGCCUCCGCCUGCGCCGCCUGCUCCUCCAGCAGCGCCGCCCGCGCCACCGGCUCCCGCCGCGCCUCCCGCGCCUGUCGAUGGGGGUGCGCCUCCUCCACCUCCGCCACCGCCUGGUCCUCCUGCGCCCCCUCCGCCACCUAUGGCUGCUCCCGCGGCCGCGCCUCCUGCCGGUGGUGCUGGUCGUAGCGCUCUGCUAGCGUCUAUUCAGAGUGGCGCGCGUCUACGCAAGGUACAGACCGUUGACAAGAGCGGUCCGCAGGUUUCCGGUCAAGUGCUUGGCGACACGGCGCCUCCGCCUCAUAUCAAUGCUGCGCCGCGCAUGCCGUCGCCGCCGCCUCCGCCCGCGCCCGCGCCGCCGGCUCCUGAGCCAGAGCCGAUGCAGCGCGACAACUCCAACCGCCAGAGCGUGGACUGGUAUGCCGGAUUGGCGGCCGAUGUGGGCACUCCCCAAGUCGACAAGAUGCCGUCCUUCGCGGAGGAGCAAGAAGAGCCAGCGAGCGUGCCAGAUAUCCAAGUGCACGAUACGACGCCGUCGGGUGCUCCGGACCCACUUGCGGACAUCGACAAGUCGACGGAGUUGCGCGUACGCACAUUGUAUCCGUUCGAGGGUGAUGGACCAGAUGAUCUUUCUUUCGGGGAGAACUUGAUUCUGAAGGCGAACCCGUCAAAGACUGGAGGUGACUGGUGGUACGGUACCUUGGUUCGCGAUGGCAAGGCAGGCCUAUUCCCCAAGACAUACGUUGCGGAGUUCACUUCCUUCAAAGCGAAGGCUAUCUACGAUUAUACCGGUGGCAGCGAAGACGAGCUGCCCUUCGCGGCAGGCGACGAAAUCGACAUCAUAGACAGAAGCGACGAGGAGUGGUGGAAGACGGAGAAGAAUGGCGUGGUAUUCAUCGUGCCCGCCGCGUAUUUCGAAGAAGUGCAGGACGGGUCUGUCAGCGAUCCUCCUCCGGCGAGUGCCCUGCCAGAGCAAACGCAAGCUGAUCAUACCCCUUCGAUCACUACGACUGAAGCUCCAGCCAACGCUUCUGGGCCUGCUGCUCCGGCAGCGCAGGCCGAAGAGGUCGAGUGGGACUCGAGCGGCGAGUCCGAUGCCGAUUCGACAGAUUACUUCUCCCUUGAGGAUAGCGACGAAGAGGAAGAGACCUCUGAUACGAAGGAAGACCGUGCAGCAAGAGAGGCGGAGCGCCAACGGGUGCUUGAAGCUGCUGGUCUGGUCGUACAGCGUGACAAGCCCCCGCCGCCUCGCCCUCCGCGUCGUAAGAGGUCUGUCAAGCAGCGACGUCCCGCCCCGGCGGCGCCGAAGCGCGCGUCGGUCCUCUCAGUCACGUCCGACAAGGACCUGCCUACACUACCGACGGAGUCAACGGCGCCCGUCAGUCGUCCUAUGCGGCUGGACGACGCGUACGAGCGCUACGAAGAGUUCAAGAGUAAGAACCGGAUGUCGAUGUCGUCGAUGUCCGAUGUGCCGUCCUCGCCGACGUCGGCGUCGAUCACGCCUGGGGCUGUGUCGCCUGCGCCGAGUAUCGCCAGGGACGACUCGACGAGGAGUCACUCCCGCUUCCUCAGUCAUAUCCUGGGUCGCAGCAAGACACCUGACCGUAUCAUGCCCGUCAUUUCGGGGCCCAUUUUGCAGACGCCAGAGGUGCCCGACCGGCCCAACAGUCCUGCUUUCGGCUCGUCCUGGGCGAGCCUCGUAGAUAAGACCGCGUUGGACGGCAUCCCGCCGCACGAGCGGAAGAGGCAAGAGGCCAUCUUCGAGCUCAUCGCUACUGAAAGUGCGUACGUGCAUGAUCUGCAACUCAUUGUGGAGGUGUUCUACCAGAGCAUGCUACCUCUGCUCGAUACCAAGGCCAUUACCGUUGUCUUCGCGAACGUGGAAGACCUGUUGCUGGUCAACACUACCUUCAUGAGCUCUCUCGAACAACGGCAGAAAGAAUGCCGCUUGUACGUCGAUCGCAUAGGUGAUAUCCUAGAUACCCAUAUGUCGAAUAUGGCGGCGUACAUGGAAUACUGCGUCAACCAGUCGAAUGCCAUCAAGGUUUUACAGACAUUGAGGGAGGGCAACCCUCAGUUGGCGGAGCACCUGCAGCGUCUGCGUGACACGGAACCAGCUUGUCGAAACCUUGAUUUAUCCAGCUACCUUCUGUCUCCCAUGCAACGCAUCACCCGCUACCCCCUCCUCCUGCGCCAGGUUCUCCACUACACCGAGCCCAACACCGAAGAGCACCGCUCCAUCGACCGCGCAGUGCACGUCGCCGAGAAGAUCCUCAACCACAUCAACGAGACCAUCCGCGAGCAGGAGGGGCGGGAGAAGCUGCGGACGCUCUCGGAGCAUUUGUGGAUUGGACAAGGCCGCCUCGACCUCACCGCACCCACCCGACACAUGGGCACGCGCCGACUGCUCAAAGAGGGCUUCCUCAUGAAGGCGAAGAGCGGGCGGCGGCUGUACGGCGUCCUGUGCUCGGACAUCAUGGUGCUCACGGACGAGCAUAUGAAGACGCUCUAUCGGAUGCCCAUCCCCGUCGCCGAGGCCACCGUGAAGGCGAUGCCAAGCUUGAAGGACGACGGCGCGUUCCAAAUCAGCCUGCCAUACCCGCGCGGCGGCGACACGAUUGCGCUGCGUGCAGGUUCGCUGAAGGACUGUCAACAAUGGAUCGACGCAAUUGAGCUCGCGACGCUUCGGGCGCGGGAUGCAGAGAAGCGCGCGUUGCGCCGGAUACAGACACACUAAACGCAGACCCUUUUGCCACACAACUUUCUUCGCGAUUUCUUAGACGGCAUUCCUCUCGGACCUGGAGAACAUACCCUUUCUUGGCUACCAACCAUCCUCGUCAGGCUCAGCGGACUGCUCGGACAGGUAUCGCUCGCAUCUUGGUCAUAACAUAUCAUUAAGGGCAUUAUGUAUGCUGGAGACUGGAGGACGGGGUGUGUACAGGGUAACUCGAGGCGUCCAGGGACCCUCGUAUUGUACAGCUAUCGGGGAGCUCUUACAGGCGCUCCCCUCUAUAUAUACGGUAAGUAUUCGCGUGCGAUGCAACACACACUCAUUAUAGUACACGGACACUGCGCGAAAGCGAAGUCUAGAUUGCGGAUGCGCGAUAGCGGCGAAGAUACACUG